AUCGUCAUUGCUCCUUAUUUCCGCAGAUGUCUUGUAAAAUUCGUGGCUAACUCUCUAUCUCUUGUCCCUGAUUCUGCCGCUUAAUUUAGUCAUCAAUGAAGCUGCGGAUACGGUGUAUCCGUUGUAGCUAUCGAAAAUACUUUCCGUGAGCGAAUGAAGAGGCGCUCGACCUAUUUUUAGCAUUCAAAAUGACGUCGCCAGAUCGCUUUGAUGCUGACGACUACGAGUCUCUUCCGACAGAGAGAGUUUCGGUGCACAUGAUUGCCGGAGCUUUCGCAGGAAUCAUGGAGCACUGUGUCAUGUUCCCUGUGGAUUCGGUGAAGACGCGGAUGCAGAGCUUAUGCAAGCCUUCCUGCGCGGAGAAUUUCCGAACAGGUGUAUUCGAGAAUCUCUUUUACAUCAUGCGAACGGAAGGCGUGUUCAGACCUGUUCGCGGCAUCUCCGCGACUGUGUGGGGCUCUGGCCCGGCUCAUGCCAUGUACUUUGCCAGCUACGAGUACCUCAAGACCACGCUGUCACGCGGGACCAACAAGCACCACAACCACUAUGCCCACGCUGCAGCGGGUUGCAUUUCAACCCUGCUUCACGACGCAGUCAUGACCCCGGCGGACGUGGUGAAGCAACGAAUGCAAAUGUGCAACUCGCCGUACAAACACGCCUUGGGAGCCGUGAAAGACAUCUAUCGAAGAGAAGGCGCUGGUGCCUUUUUCCGUGCCUACCCGGUGCAGCUGAGCAUGAACGUGCCAUUCCACAGCACCCACUUCACGGUGUACGAGUUUCUGCAAAACCUGACGAACCCGGAGCGAAGGUACUAUCCCGCGGCGCAUUGCGUGUCCGGUGCUGUGGCUGGUGCCACUGCGGCGGCCAUUACGACUCCAUUGGACGUGUGUAAGACUCUGUUGAAUACGCAAGAGGCCGGAGUGCUUCGGGAGAUGGAUCAGACCCGGAUCGUGGGCAUGGCGAAUGCGUUCAAGAUGGUGUAUCGGAUCGGCGGGUUGUCGGGGUAUUUCCAGGGGCUUCGGGCGCGGGUCAUCUAUCAAAUGCCGUCUACGGCCAUUGCGUGGUCCGUGUACGAGUUUUUCAAGCACCACUUGUACGCCACGGAUCAGACUCCGUUGCUCGAGUCGAUGGUGGGCUGGGAGACUGUGACUCCGCUCGAAGAUGAAUGGACCUCGCGACAGCUCAAGUGUAAGCCCGUGCCUGUGUAG